CAUUGCCAUACGCACAGGCCACAGCGUUUCUCUCUCUAUCUUUCUCUCUCUCUCUCUCCUUCAUCAUCAUCAUCGUCAUUUCUCUUCUCAAUCCAUCAGCUCAAUCUGGUCGUCUCCAAUUGUUACUUUUUUUUUUCUUUUCAAUUUGAUAUCUUUCUCAAAGGAUUUACACAGUUCUCAAUCCGAUCUCAAGCAAUCGGUUUUCGUUUGUCUCUUUCCAGCACCAAAAAAAAGAAAGCGCGUCGAUUCCUUUUCAUCGCAGCAAAUUCAACGUGCAUCAUAUGAGAUGGCAAAUUGUACAAUUUCUGAUGAAUAACUCUCGUUUCUCUUCUACCAAUUACAGUUUCCACUUUGAAGAUUGUGGAAAUUUGAGAAAGAUUUUGUAAAUAUAAUUUUGCUUCAUUGAUUUUCGUCUCUGCAGCUUAUUGUAUUCUAGUAUAGUAGAUUGUUCCUAUAACCUGUCCAUAUAGAGAGCUUGUUCUUCAUUACCCUGAUUUCAUCAAUCUCCGUUCAUUUCUGUCUUGAGAGUUUAGCGGUACAAUAAAUCCUGUGAGCUCGGUGUAACUUGAGUAGCUGCUUAUUUUUUGUCGGCUGAUUCUAUUCAAGAGGAGAUAGAUCUCAACAUAAUGGAUCAUGUUAUUGGUGGAAAGUUCAAGCUGGGAAGGAAGAUAGGGAGUGGAUCAUUUGGAGAACUUUAUCUAGGUGUUAACAUACAAACAGGUGAAGAAGUGGGUAUUAAGCUGGAACCUGUCAAGACCAAGCACCCUCAACUCCAUUAUGAGUCCAAAAUUUAUAUGCUUCUCCAAGGGGGAACUGGUGUUCCUAGUCUCAAGUGGUUUGGAGUGGAAAGUGAAUAUAAUGUCAUGGUUAUCGAUCUUCUGGGACCGAGUUUGGAAGACCUAUUCAACUACUGCAAUAGGAAAUUCUCUUUGAAAACCGUUUUGAUGCUUGCAGAUCAGUUAAUUAACAGAAUUGAGUAUGUGCAUUCAAGGGGAUUUCUUCAUCGAGAUAUUAAACCUGACAACUUCUUGAUGGGCUUAGGCCGCAAAGCAAAUCAGGUAUACGUAAUUGAUUUUGGCCUUGCGAAGAAGUACCGGGAUCUUCAAACACAUAAACAUAUACCAUACAGGGAAAACAAGAAUCUCACCGGCACAGCUCGUUAUGCUAGUGUAAAUACACAUCUCGGCAUUGAACAAAGCAGGAGGGAUGACCUGGAAUCUCUAGGUUAUGUGCUUAUGUAUUUCCUAAGAGGAAGUCUGCCUUGGCAGGGACAAAGAGCUGGCACCAAGAAGCAGAAAUAUGACAAGAUCAGUGAAAAGAAGAUGCUAACAUCUAUAGAGGUGCUUUGCAAGUCACACCCUUCAGAGUUCAUAUCAUACUUCCACUAUUGCCGGUCAUUAAGAUUUGAAGACAAACCAGACUAUUCGUAUUUGAAGCGACUUUUCCGUGAUUUGUUUAUUCGAGAAGGUUAUCAGUUUGACUAUGUCUUUGAUUGGACCAUAUUGAAGUAUCCCCAGAUAGGUACCAGUUCCAAAGUACGGACUCAAGCUGGGAAUUCAAGUCUAAACCCAGGACCAUCAGUUGAAAAGCCAGAGAGAACCUCAGUUGGGCAAGAAAUUAGAGACAAAUUCUCAGGUGCUAUUGAAGCAUUGGCAAGAAGAAACACUCCUAAUUCAGCUGGUCGUCAUGGGGGCGAUCAUUCAAGACACCGAAAUCCGGAAGAUGCAGUACCACCUUCAUCCAAAGACGUGGAGCCUGAUUCAGAAAGAGGGCUAAGUUCUCGAAAUGGAAACAACAAUUCAAUGAGAAGAGCCAUCUCAAAUGGAAGACGACCAGUCACAUCAGGUGACACAAGUGAAAUGCGGUCUAGUAGAUUAACUUCUACCGCAAUGGGUGUUCGUUCUUCAACUGCCAACAGAACCCAACCCCAACCGGGUGGUUCUGAGUCCAAAUCAUCUGGGUUAAAUCGUUCGUCGCUGAUGAAAACUUCCCAAGACGCCCACCCUCUUCGCAGUUUCGAGCUCCUUACACUGAGGAAAUGAUAGGGAGGAUGAUCGAGAGAAGAAGUUAAUAAAUAAAAAUGGAUGUCCCUAUCAAUUCUCACGAGUAUCAAUCAUAUUAUUACUAGUUUGUAUGAAGAAAAGGAAUAAGUACCUUCAACAGUACCCACUCUAUAUUUUCCAGUAAUUCAUCUUUCUAUGCUUAAUUUGUCUAAUAUAUCCACUUUUGUAUAUUUAAGAAAGCUUUUUCUUGCACACUACAUUACUAUAAGCAAUGCCUGUUUUUGUUUUUAAUGUAUUAGAUUGAAGAGAUAAUGGGAUUUAAUGUUGCUUUGCUAUUUU